GAGAAUCGAGCAAACAAGAGCUACUAGUCCCAAGGAUCCCCGCCACAACGCCGUUUGCUGGUCCGAAUUUCGAUUGCGACCAUCGAUUUGGCCCAUUAGAUUUUCCGCUCGCUUCCCCCCUUCCUUUUGGUCUCUCUCCGCCUGUAAUCCUCCUAUACUCUCGCCCUCUUUCUCCUCUUAUCUGAGUCUCUUCGUUCGGCCUUUGUCACCAUGGCCGACGCCGCCGGGGACCGUGUCAUGUGUCAUGCUUGCGGCGGCGUCUGGCCGCGCCGCGAGCACGGCCUGAUUUGCCCGCAUUGCGAGUCGGACUUUACCGAGAUUAUUGAGAUUCCUCCCGAUCCCGAGGACGAGCCCACUCUCAUUUCCGACCGUCCCGAUUCUGCGUCUUCCCCCCGAACUGCUGGCUCCCCGCUCAACCCAUGGGCUGACCAUAAUCCCUGGGCGACCCCAGGUGGUUCUGACCAUAACGAUGGGGAUCAUGCCUGGGAUUCUGGAAAUGGUCUUCGACAUCGCACCUACCGAUCACCGGACGGCCGGUUCACCUUCUCCACGACUACCUACACCCAUGGCUUUGGCGGGCAAUCCCCGUCCGCGCAGAGUCAUACGAAUCUCGAUCCCUUGAUGGUGGUACAGAAUAUGGACAACAUCUUCCGAGGCCUGACAAGCACCUACCAACAACGCGAGCGUUCGACCUCUGUAUCAAGUUCUGGACAAGCUUCUAGUCAACCUCGGAGCCAGGGGCAACGUUUAGGCACGUUUGAAUUCAAUAUUGACACCGGUAACUCCGCGACGUCCAGCCAGGAUGGUGGCCUUCAUCCUCGGGACGCGGAUGGCCCGCAGCCGAUGAAUAAUCCGCUACGGACCCUGAGUGAUAUCCUUGAGUUAUUCCGCACAGAUCUAGGUGCGAACCCUCAGGCAGGUGGAAAUGGCGGCGCGCGGGUGAUGACAGGAAUCAAUCCGCUGGCAAUGCUGUCGUCGCUAUUGAGCUUUGAUCGUCAUGGUGACGCGGUCUACUCACAGGAGGAGCUAGACCGAGUCAUCUCCCAGCUGAUUGAUCAGAGUGCCAACCGUGGCGCGCCUCCUCCCGCUCCCACAAGUGCCAUUGAAUCACUGCCGAAGAAGAAAGUUGACGCGGAGAUGCUGGGCCAUGAAGGCCGAGCAGAAUGUUCGAUCUGCAUGGAUGCCGUGGAGCUUGGAACAGAAGUGACUGUGCUUCCAUGCAAACACUGGUUUCAUUAUAGCUGUAUCGAGCUUUGGCUCAACCAGCAUAACACUUGCCCUCAUUGCCGGCGGGGUAUAGACUCCCCUCAGUCCCCUCAGACCGAAGGUACGAGCGAGAACCCGGUGGUUAUUGGCGAUAGUCCUGAGCCUGUGUCGCGACGCACAAGCAAUGCUGCCGUCAAUCCCACUGGGUCGUCACAACCGCCUCCAGGGGCUUGGCCUGAACGAUCACCCUCUUCGUGGAGUUCGCAUUCAAUCUCAUCUUGGUCGGCUCCAUCGCCUGGGCCCAGCUCUGAGGGGCCAGCUCAGCGACAGCCACAGGGACAAGGCCAGGACCAGGGCCAGGGCCAGGACCAGCCUUCGAGCGAAAGUCAGGGCGAAGGCCAGGCACAGAGACACGAACAACGACGGAAUAGCCGGGGUGAAGGGUCCAGCAGCAGUUCUGGAUUCACCGGCUGGGUGCGCAAUCGCCUAGGAGGAGGGGGAAGCAGCAGUUGAACUGGGAUAACUCUUGUAUAGACUUGGAUCAAGGCCAGCUGGUCAGGAGAUUGGGAUAUGAAGCGACGGCUGACCUGUUACGUAGUAACGACCUUAUUUUGGCAUUGGAGUGCGUAGCCUGUUCUUGU